AUGGAGCUUCCUGCGGCCCCCACUCAGAUCCCUGCGGCCCCCACUCAGCUCCCUGUGGCCUCUGCACAGCAUCCGGAUACCCCUAAAGCAUCAAGUCACACAAUAUAUGGAAAACACAAGAAAGUCACUUGUCCUCACUGCAGCAUGAUGUUGAGCAAGAAAAACUUCAAAACACACUGCAAAAGAAAGCAUACCCACCACUUUGAGACAGUGUCGAAGGACAGAUUUUUGGCCUCUCAAUGUGUUGAUGUCAAAAAUGGUGUGUUUGCAGUUGAAAAAUCUUUUUGUGGUCCAGCAACACCCAUACAUGUCAUUAAGAAUACUUGGGGACCAACCCACAAGGUCAUGUGUGAGGUCAACCAGUGCCGUCUGAACAGUGACUUUGCACGAAGAAGCGGGAUGUUGCCAUAUGAGUCCCAUAUACUGUCUUUAUUGUAUUGCCCACGUGCUGACAAUCAAAACGUCACUCUAACAGCUGAGGCGUUGAAAACAAUGGUGGACAAUAAAUGGUUUGGUGAGGAGCGUAAAGCCAGUCUCUUGCGAUCUCAGCAAAGUGCUGUUGCAGAGGGUGUGCCCCUGUCUGUGCAUCUGAAUGUGGGUGGUCCACCUUCCAAAUUUCAUAUCUCUGUUCAUGAAGCAAACAUAACCUAUUACAGUAGGUUGGGAAGAGUGAUUGUGUCUUACGACACAAAGCAGAACAACUGGCAUUGUCCCUGCUCUAAAGCAAGACACUCUUGCAUUCACAAAGCUGUUGCUAAAUGGCAUCUCUUUGUCACAAAGAGGGAGCUAUUCCAAAAGGUGAAGAGCACAGAGGAAGAGACACACAAUCCAACCCAGGCCACCACAGAUCAAAAUGCAAGUGAGGACAGUGUGGAGGACAGUUAUCCACCAGAUGACAGAAGUGUUGCAAGGAUGCUUAAUUACCUCCUCACAAAUAAAAAGCUCCCUGCAGAUCUGCCCCAAGCUCUCAUGGAGCAGUCAAGAGAGGGAAGAGCAAAGGACAGCUUUCCAAAGCACCUUAUCCCUAAAGAAACAACAUGUGUGGAAUGUGAGUACACAAUGUGUGAACAACUGGUAACAUCAAAAGCCAAGAUCCUGACAAGCACGGGUGUAGUUGAAGGAAUAUCAACGUACAGGAAGUCCUGCCUGAACUGUGGCAUGAUCUACAGAUACCAGGAGUGGGAGGAUGGUAUCCACAACUUUGACGACCACAUAAUCUUGUCUCUGCAUUUGUGCCUGAUGGUUAGGAAUGCAUUACAGACGCAUACAACUAUCAGCAAAGUGAUAGAAAUAAUUGAAACAACAGAGAAGGUGUCCUUUCCGAACAAGGAGAGGAUUCUCCAAGCCUACCUUCAUUUUGAGGCCCUUACAAACCAUGACUACAGUUACAAUUGUGUGUCAUGUGGCUAUAGCCCAGCGGUUGUUGUGAUGGAUCUUCACAAGAAAGGUGUUUUCAAUUUGCCAGUGAGUGAGAUCCAAAGCCUGCCUGAUGAUUUUGAUGGCCAUGUGGAUAUAGCAAAUUUCUGGGAUGCUGUGGCCAUGGAAAUGAUUAGUCGUCGUUUAAUUCCAUGUGGUCGAAAGAACCCUUUUGUUGCGUCCCCCAGUUAUCAUCACUGGGCCCCAUGGAUUGGCCCACACACACGAAGAUCAAAUUCAGUUUUAAACACUGAAUUUGAAAAAAUGCAAGCUCCAAAAACGCCAAACAAUGGGGAUGAUGAUGAUGACAUGAUUAAUGAAGAGCGGCUCACAGAUGAGCUUGUGAACUUGAAGGUAGAGGACAUCAGGGCACUCUGUAAAAACUGUGGUGUGGAUGACAAAGGCUCCAAAGUGGAUCUUGUCAUGCGACUUUCAGAAAAAAUGUCAAAAAGAGUCACCUACAACAAGGUGUUUGAGAAAGUGUGGGCUGCCUCUGGUGGUUGGGCUGUAAUCACCUGUCCAUGUGGGGUUGUGUAUUCAGUGAAGUUCAACCUCAGAGCAGAGAGUCCACGUGACUUUGUGGAUCUCUUGUUAUCGUGGAAAGACAUUCCCAAUGUUUCAGUGUAUGAUUAUGCCAGAGGGCUGGCGCUGCAUGCGAACCGCAGGCAGCCAGGAAUCUUUGCCCCUUUUCAAGGAAGGUUACUGGAUCCCACCCCAGACAACAUAAAGCAUGCCUCAGAGAGCACGGUUCAUGUCAACUUGCCAUGGCUGAAAAAUUCUAAGAUGCCCGCUGAUGAAAAUGGUCACCCUCUCACUGGGUCCUCGCAGCAUUUCGCUUUAAACGAUGUGUUCCACCAAGGCAACAGCAAAGACCAGAGGGAGGUUCUGAGAAAGCUGGAGCUUGUGCCUGAGCUUGCUGGUCUUAUAAACAGCCAGUGUGUGGAGCAGCUUUUUUCUGGGAUGAGAAAGAACAAUUACUUUUUAAAUAUGACAACCCCAUCCACACACAUAUUUCUCCAAAGAAAUAUACUUCAUCAUUAUAACAUGGCAAAGAACAAAAGAGUCCGAGAACAGUAUAGCAAGAUUGUUCCUUCAGAUGUUGAAAUGCAAUGUGACAGCCAUGGAAGGCUAGUCUUAGCUGGAAUGCCAACGGGGUCAUCUGACAACAGCAAAGACCAAGAAGAAUGUCAAGAGUUAAUUGAUGGCAGUCAGCAGAGACCUCAUGGGCACUUCACUAGUCUCCAUAACUUGUCAGCACACAGAGCAUGCUGGGGACAGGAACUCAACGACAUCCAGGAACACCUGCUGUCAGAUGCCUUGGAUGAGACCAAAAGUCCCACUGAGUACCUUGCAAUGGUGAACAACAUCAUCCUGACUCGCUCUGACUUUUGGAGUCUUGGUUUGAGUCGAGACUUUGACGGGAUGCAGCUGGAGAGAUCAGAGUAG